AUGGCGUCAGAAAAGCCUGCGCAGUCUCCGGACGCUCUCAUCAGAGCCUCGAGAAUCCUCGACCAGAGCAGCGCAGAGUCUGUUCCCGACACGCUUUCGAACCUUUGGACCUUGCUUUCGAGCUCCCCUGUCGGCACAUACUACGCUGCCGAGCAGCUUAUACUACGAUGGCUCCUGAAAAACAUGAACGGGCCGUCUGCCUCGGCGGAGCAGUUCCGGCGAUACCCCAUGGCCUGGAGCGUGGUGGCCUGUGUUUUCACAAGGAUACCGCUCUUCGCACUCCCGAAGUCUCUCGCCGACCGACGAUUCGUUCCAAUCCUCGAGCAAACCCUCAAGGAAAUAUCGAACCCGCGAAACGAGGAUCAUGCAUCGUCAGACGUGGAAAUGGUUGAUGGCACGAGUCCCCCUCCCAAAGGAGAUUCCAAAAAGAGAAAGCGGUCCCCUGAGCCGAAAUUCGACCUCGAGAGUCUUCGAACUUCCCAUGGCUGCUUGAGAACUGCAGAUUCUUUGUUUCUAGCCCUUGAGAACCUCGUGGCUAGGCUCAAGGAUGUGUCAGGUGAUGCACCUUCCAACGUCCGAAUGGGGGCCGAACACGUCAAAUCGCUAUUCUCUUCACCCGCCAAGGAAGCCGCAGAGAUCCUCCGGCCCAUUCUGUCUAUCUGCGAUCACGCUCUUAGCGAUCAGGAAUCAGAAUCGGCCGAAAAUCGACCGUCAUGGGUCAACAUCCUUAGUAGCCUGUGGGACCUUCACCUCCAAAGCAGCAGCGACGCUCUCGACGUGGCAAUAUCUCUUUAUCCCACGGGUUUCAUCAUCUUGGCGAAGAUGGACCGUUCGAAAGACCUCGUCAUGGACCCUCACCUCAAUGUGACCUGGAGGCAGGCUCUGCGACGUUUUUUUAUCAAGAACAUGAUCCUGCCCGCGAGAGCAGCUUUCCUGAACCGGAAAGACGUUGGGAUCAUCCAGGGAGCUGUCAACAUGACCAGUUCACUGCCGACUGCUUCCUUGCCUGUGUUAUUCAGCCUCGCUGUCUCACCUUCAGGCUUAACCGACGAUGCAAGUGGCCGGAAGGACCGCGAGGAUUGGACUCAGAAGGUCUUUGAAAUCGUUGAGGAGGCGAUGCGCACUGCUGAACCUGUGAAACGAAAUGAUGCGAUGAAGAUUGUACUCGACACAGCUCUGCAGUGCAAUGCCAGCAUCUCUCUGGGCGGCCUUCGCUCAGUCUGCAGGCAGUACACGAACGAGGCCGGGGCAAUCGAUUUGAGCCUCGUUCCGAGAAUAGCAGACAUCGACGUUGAUGUGUUCAUGAUAUCUGCUGAGGGACAAACUUUACUUGAUGACAUUCUCGGACAGAUCUCAAACUUGAGUGACACGGAGUUGGAUGCUUCUGCUGAAGCUGUCUUGGUCAAAUUUGUGGUGUCGUUAGCCACGGGGUCUGCAAAAGCUCGCAAUCUCUCAUGGUUUAUAAGGAAAUGGACCGAGGUCCUCUCUGAAUGCUUAAUGAAAGAUGAUGGUCACACCUCUGUCAAGGGAAUCUGGUCUAGCACACAGGUCGUCGAGGCAGUUGCACAUCUCCUUCAGCCAUCCGUCAACAUUUCACAACUGGCUAAUCUUCUGGAGUGGCUCGAAGGCCGUGACGGCUCUUUUAAGAAUGGGUCCCUGCUUGUUGUCCUCGAUGCCAUCACCCAAGGCGUCACAGACGAAGAGUUCGUUGAUAGCGUCGGAACGCGACCUUUCGAUCUCGCUUCCAAAAUCAAAAUCAAGCACCUUGACGGAUCUAUGAGGGCACGAUGGUGGCGUGUCGUCGAGAGGACUCUUUCGCAAUCAGAGCUGGCGACCGUCCGAGCUCUUUGGACGAAAGUCGAAUCGGACCUGAAGAAAGCACUAAAGAAAGAGGACUUGACAGACCCUGCGGCACUCGCGGCCUUCCGUUGUUGCAGCGCAUUCUGGUUGGCAACCUACCCUGAAGCUCCACUGGAGUCCGAGGCGUCGACUAUGGCCUGGGCAUUUCUGAGAAGACUGCAGAAGGACGAGCAGAAAGCAGCAGCUGCAGACGACUCCAGGCUAAGGUUCUAUGAUUCACGCCGCCUGGUCGAUCUCGCCACCAAAUCAGGCUUCAGUAGCGAAUUUCUGGCCGGCUUGUUUGCGUACACGGACAAGGCGGAUUCGUCAACCAUCUCAUUCCGCUCCUUGAUGUUGAAUGAGGCCAGCUUAGGCAACCAUAAGUACCUGACUGCCAUCAUAAGCCACGCCAUUAGCAUUAUUGGAAGACAGCAAGGCGACAAGUCAAAACAUAACCAACGCCAAUUAAACACAGCUAUCCGGAUCUUGCUUGACCUGCCGUCAGGAACGCUCAGUCGUGAACAGCGAGAGCAGACUUUACCGUCAUUGCUGCAAUUAUUGAACAAGCAAGGAGCCAGUACUGACGUGGAAGAGAAAACCAGCCUCAUGUGUCUGAUGAUCAAGAUCAUGAAGCGGCCAACUUUCUACGAAGGCAUGGCAUUCGCCGAUCUUGUCACUUUAGGGCAAACGAUCGAAAGCGGCAUCAAAAGCAGCGCAGCUACGGAUAUAGCUAUCGAGACUGCAUAUAACCUGUUGAAGUUGUUCGAGGCUCUGACAUCAGUCACGCUCAAACAAAUGACAUCGGGUUGGGAGGAACGAGACAGAAUCUAUCUGUUGGAAGCUUCACGUGUUGCGCUGAGUUGGCCCGUGAAAGCUCCCAAAGAUGAGGUUUAUCGCAACAUAUUACUAAGGUCGCUGGCCGUCGCCCUCGAGACCUCGAAGGCCAAGCAGCAAGCGCAGACUGUGGUCGAUACAGCUCCAUUAAAGGAGCACUUAUCCCUAAUGUUUGCGAACGGCCUAGCCUCCGACGAUAUGUCUAGCCUUGGCGACGACACAAACUCGCUGGAACAAAGCUUUUCGACCAUCUUCAGCUGCGUUCACAUCGAGCAGCUCGACGUUCUGGAUCCGGCUGCUGUUCGUGAUCGCCUUCUACCAUCCAAGGAGAGGCUCGAAUGCCUAAGUAACGAGCUUUGUAACAAGGGUUUCAAAUCUGGCUGGCGGCUGAAGGAGUUGCUGUUCAGAUGUUUUAGUCAGGACGUCCAUGAGCCACUUCACAUAUGUGAUGACGUCGCUGUUUGGAGACGACGGACUGAUGGUUCGGUGCCACGCACUCUCCUCGCUGGCCAAAGUGACAUUACCCAAUACGUAUAUGUUGUGCUCACGCAUAUGGACGACGAGGCAAGAGCCGGCUAUGCAGGGGCACUUGGCCAAAAGCUUCGCGAUGGUUCUGAUAUCACUGGCAACAUUAUUGCCGUCCAUCGGCUCCUACAAGCAGAGAACAAGUCUUCACUUGGAUCAUUUGCGGGGCUGGUGGAUUGGACCGGAGUCCAAAAUGUCCUCACCAACCGAUUACCUAGGUCAAGAAGCUGGGCUGAGUUCUCAGUCAUCGCUAAGACGAUCGAAAUGGUCCUCGAAAAGAAACCGAUGAAGCAAUGGAACAUCGAAGUCACCUUGAGCACUGUGUCCACGGUCUGCUCGCUCGGUCUAAAGAUGAACGAAGACGCCCAAACGUCCGCAAAGGCCUACCCCUGGCUCUGCAGCCUCGUUGAAGUCAUCAUCAAGCGGCACCGCCACCGACUUGAGGGGCACUUCCACCUGCUCAUCACGGCCUUGCAAUCCCUGCUGCGCCUUCUCAUCAUCCCAUGGCCACAAACCACAACCUCCCCUUCCUCCACCACCACCACCUCACCCGACCAACAAGCCCAAGCCGUCCGCUUCUCCCGCCUCCUGACCCUGACCUGCGAGCCGAGCGUCGCCUCCGUGACGCGCGGCCAGGCCCCCGGCGCGCUGGACUCGGCGCCCGACGCGGCCAAGAAGUCGGCCGCGCAGCACAUGUACCUGGUCCUGGUGCUGUACGUCAAGCUGCAGCUGGAGCGCGCCGUGCCGCGGGCGGUGCGAGCCGCGCUCGACCCGGGCGUGUACUCGGUGCUGGACAUCACGACGCCCGAGGGCAGGAGGAUCAUCAACGAGGCCGUCGACGCGAGCGGGCGCGCCAUCUUCCGGGAGAUGUACAAGCAGUACGUCAGGUUUGGGAAGUGGAACGGGGUGUAG